AAUGAAGACUCUUCUUGUACUAGCCGUUUUGGUCGCCGUUGCCUCAGGACUUGCCAUCCCAGAAAAUAGAAGCGCAUUGAGCUGUCAAAUGUGUGAGUUGGUUGUCAAGAAAUACGAAGGAUCCGCCGAUAAGGAUGCCAAUGUCAUCAAGAAGGAUUUCGAUGCUGAAUGCAAGAAGCUUUUCCACACCAUCCCAUUCGGAACCAGAGAAUGCGAUCAUUACGUCAACAGCAAGGUAGACCCAAUCAUUCACGAGCUGGAAGGAGGAACCGCUCCAAAGGAUGUGUGCACCAAGCUUAACGAAUGCCCAUAAACGGAUCAUUGAAAUUUUUACUUGUUUGAAACUUUUACCAAUAAAUUUUCGAUUUUU